AAAAAAGCAGGAAUGUAACAAAAACUUGAAUGGAGAGCACUACCCAUUUCUGUUCGAGUUCCCCAGUCUGACGCAUUCGGUCAAGCAGCUGCAGUCCGCAUUUCCAUUUCCGGCGUCCACAACUACCACGAAUCCGAGGCUCCCCAGUUAUUAUUUAUAUAUAGAGAAAGGAAAGAGCAAACAGAUGGAUCCGGAUUCAGUGAAAUCAACUUUGUCUAACUUAGCAUUUGGAAAUGUGAUGGCAGCUGCUGCUCGUGAUUAUCAGAAGGAGUUGCUUGCUCAAGGGAAGCCACAGGCAUCAAGUUCUUUCAACCAGGAGGUCGACCUUGAUGAGUUGAUGGAUGAUCCGGAGCUGGAAAAAUUGCAUGCAGAUAGGAUUGCAGCUCUCAAGAAAGAAGCUGAGAAGCGGGAAGCAUUAAAAAGGCAAGGGCAUGGAGAAUACAGGGAGAUUACUGAGGGGGAUUUCUUGGGUGAAGUUACCAGUAGUGAAAAAGUGAUUUGUCAUUUCUAUCAUCAGGAGUUCUAUCGCUGCAAGAUAAUGGAUAAGCAUUUGAAGUCCCUAGCACCAAGGCACGUUGGUACAAAGUUCGUCAAACUGGAUGCAGAGAAUGCACCCUUCUUCAUUGCGAAACUAGGAGUCAAGACUUUGCCUUGUGUUAUAUUGUUCAGGAAAGGAAUCGCAGUUGAUAGGCUGGUUGGAUUUCAAGAUCUGGGAGGAAAAGAUGAUUUCACAACAAAGACAAUGGAAGUGCUACUAAUAAAGAAAGGUAUUAUUAGUGAGAAGAAAGAAGAUGAAGAUGAAGAAGACGAUGGAAAUCAUGAAAAUAUGCACAGGGCAGUGAGAUCCUCAAUGAAUCCUGAUUCUGAUUCCGACUGAAAAUGGAAGAAUUGCACUUUGUCUACAUGGAUUCUCAUUUUAGGUCAUUUGGGGGAGGGGAGGGUUUUAAACGCGUGCUCGUGUUGUUAAAUUCACUUAUAAUUAAUUUGGAUUUAUCCCAA